GCUAACAUUCCCCUUCAGCAGGAUAAAUGGCCACAGCUGGGAAGGUCAUCAAGUGCAAGGCGGCAGUGGCGUGGGAGUUCGGCAAGCCGUUGGUGAUUGAAGAGGUUGAGGUUGAACCUCCUCAGGAGAAAGAGAUCCGGAUUAAGAUUGUGGGAACCGGAUUGUGUCAAUCAGAUCUGUUCUUCCUGUUGAAAUGCGCCAAACCAUCGGUCUUCCCAGUAAUUUUUGGCCAUGAGGCGGCUGGUAUAGUGGAGAGCAUUGGACCCGGCGUCACUGAGUUUCAGCCAGGAGACAAGGUGAUCCCAUUGUUCAUGCCUCAGUGUCGGGAAUGCCGCUUUUGUAAAAGUCCAAGAACAAACCUGUGUAUCAAAGGGUCAGCUGGUACACUUGAAGGGAAAAACCGUGAAAACUCCAGGAUCACCUGUAAGGGGACGAAGGUGCUGCAGUUCCUUGGAAUCAGCACCUUCUCUGAGUACACCGUGGUGAAAGAGUUUAGUUUGACUAAGAUCGAUCCUGCUGCGCCCCUGGAGAAGGUCUGUCUCAUUGGCUGUGCCAUCUGCACAGGGUAUGGAUCAGCUGUGAAUACGGCCAAGGUUGAACCGGGCUCCACCUGUGCUGUGUUUGGUUUGGGAGCCGUGGGUCUGGCUACAGUCAUGGGCUGCAAAGCCUCUGGAGCCAAACAGAUCAUCGCCGUCGACAUCAACCCUGAGAAGUUUGAGAAAGCCAAAGUGUUCGGUGCCACUGAUGUUGUGAACCCCAAAGAUCACAGUAAACCCACCCAACAGGUGCUGACUGAGAUGACCAAUGGAGGGGUGGACUACUCCUUUGAAUGCAUUGGAAAUGUGGAAGUUAUGGUCACUGCGCUGGAGUCUUGCACUCCAGGAUGGGGCUGCAGUGUGAUUGUUGGCUGGACAGACACAAAUUUUAGUGCUCAGCCCAUUCAGCUCAUGCGUGGGCGUACAUGGACCGGCACCCUGUUUGGAGGCUGGUGA